CCUCCUCUUCCUCUUCCUGCUCCUUUUUACUCCUCACUCCGCUCCACUUGGCUCGACUCGACGCUUCUAUCCGCACCAGAAGGCUCAAACACAGGGAGCGGGACAGGUUCACCCGGAGCGGGAGCAGCAGGGUCCGUGUUCCGGCUGCGGGCUGCCGUCAUGCUGGGCACGGUGAAGAUGGAAGGCCACGAAGCUCCGGACUGGAGCGGAUACUACAGCGAGGAGGUCUACUCUCCGAUGGCAGGUUCUGGGAUGGGUUCUGGUCUUGGAAUGGCAUCCAUGUCUGGCUACAUGUCUAGCAGCGGUACCACAUCAGGCUCCUUCAACAUGUCGUAUAGCGGUACUGGUCUCAGUCCUUCCCCUGUAGGGGGGAUGGGGGGCUCUGCUCCAGCGCCUAUGUCAAGCUUAGGUGGGGGUGUGGCAUCCAUGGGUGGGGCUUUGAGCCCAUCCAGUAUGAACUCAGUGUCUGCCCAGCAGGCCUCCUUGGGUCUGAACCCGUAUGGAAGCAUGAGUCCCAACAUGGGCUCUGGCAUGGCGUAUGGCAGCAGUGGACUGAACCGAAGCCGUGACAACAAGACAUUUAGACGGAGCUACCCACAUGCAAAGCCUCCCUAUUCCUAUAUCUCACUUAUCACUAUGGCGAUCCAGCAGGCGCCCAGUAAGAUGCUGACACUUAGUGAGAUCUACCAGUGGAUCAUGGACCUGUUCCCAUAUUAUCGGCAAAACCAGCAACGCUGGCAGAACUCUAUCCGCCACUCGCUGUCCUUCAAUGACUGCUUUGUCAAGGUCUCCCGCUCGCCCGACAAACCGGGAAAAGGUUCAUAUUGGACCUUGCAUCCAGACUCUGGUAACAUGUUUGAGAAUGGCUGCUAUCUACGACGUCAGAAGAGAUUUAAAUGUGAGAAGAAAACAACAGUGAAACCAGAUGGGAGGAAGGAACAUAUGGGAGCAGGGGGUGGCCGUUGUACCUCUCCUGCCAGUAAUUCCACCAAAGCUGGUGGACUUCUGGACUCAUCUGUACCCACCUCCAGCCAGACGGCCUCCCCCACUGGCCUGGAUCUGAGGGAAGGUGUUGGCGGGGUGUCAGACCUGAAGGUUUCCGGCUCUCAGUUACUGUCUUCCUUGUCACUGCCCCCGCACUCCAUGAUCCACGAAACUCCUCUGCAUAUCAAAGGAGAUCCCCACUACUCUUUCAACCAUCCAUUUUCCAUCAACAACUUAAUGUCAUCCUCGGAACAGCAGCACAAACUGGACCUGAAGGCCUAUGAGGCGCUGCAGUACUCUUCUUACAAUGGUGGGGGAGCAUCCAGUCUUGGAGGGAGGACCAUGGAGCCUCUUGAGGCCUCAUACUACCAGGGGAUGUAUCCCAGACCGCUCCUGAAUAGCUCGUCGUAGCUGCUGCAUGUGUGCACCUCCUGUGUGGACUUGGACCUUCUGCAUGCAACUGUCCUGGACUUCCUAUCUGAUAGUGAUGAUGCUGACCUGUAAGAUAAAGUGAACUCCCGCACUGUGACCAAACCCUAACACUAAUACAUGAAUCCUCAGCCAAUUAAAAUUGACCCCAGGUCUGUGGUCUUCUUUCAUACUUUCAAAACAAAAAUACUUUAAGGUUUUAAAAACAUUACUGCAGGCUGGUCUGACUGGUCUCAUUAAUGCCUUGAAUCAGGCCAGAAUCUGUGGGCUCAGGAUCUUCAGGAAUUGUUGAUGUUGGGCAAUUUGAAAUAUACAUCAGAAUUCUGAACCACUGAUGGAUUAUUUCUACCAGAUAAUUUUAAUCAUUUUGGCCUCUAGCCAAAUUAGUUAUUUGUUGCUGCAUAGAAGUCAACACUUGAAUGGCUUGGUUUUCUAUUUGGGACAUGCUGUUUUUCAAAACACAAUGUCUGGACUGGUUAAAAAAACACAAUCAACAUUGUCAUGUUUGUUCCUGCUGAGCUUCCAUACUCAGUGUAUCAUUGAAAUAGUAAACUGCCAUUUAAUGAAUGAAAAUAUAGUUUUCUUUGUUAAACAGUCCAAUUUUGCAGAAGUUCCUCUGAUUUAGACAAAAGCCCACACACAUUGGUAAAAAUACUAGUUCAGAUUAUCACAUCUUCCCUGCUCCUUAUCUUCCUCUUUUUAUCUGAGCCUUGAUUGAAAACUGACUGGGUUCAUGUUUUCCAUUAUGGACAACAAGAUAAUACAGCAUGGCAUUUUUUAUUUCAUUGCAUUGUUGAUAGUAGCAUAGAACCAAAUGCAGACCAGUGAUUGGAUCAAACAGAAUCUACACACCAACACACAGUAUUUAAAAUAAACCAGUGAUGGUGUGUUCAUGUGCACCAAGCAAAUAUUGUAUGAAUACACAGAUAUGUUUAUUAUCUGUGAACAUGGCUUCAUACUUUUGUUAUGGCCUGUAUGAGGUAGGCUCUGCAGUGCCUCAUCAUUAUGACUAGUCCUACAGAUAUUCAAAGAGUUCUGGACUGCAAUUAUUAAGUUCACAUGAUGAUUGCAGUAAAAAAAGGUGUUAGAUAAUUAACUGUAAUGUUAUGAACAUGCAAACAGGGAAGGUGUGCUUCUUUUCACUGUAUCACUGCAGCUUCACACAUACAUGUUGGUUAUGCUCACUGGCAUGUGGUAUGUAACCAUGCAAACCUCAAAUAAUUAAUUCAUCAAUUUCAUUAGCAUUUGUAAGAAUUUGUAUAUUGCUAAAGUGGAAGUCAAUGAGUGAGGCUGAAAAGCAGGUUAGAUUUUUUCCAGUUCAAACAUGAAGACCCUUAAGGGCUCAGAUCUGUUAAAACUAAGAGCAGAAACUAAAAUAUAAUCAGGCUCAGCUAUCCAACCCUUUAGUUCUGCUGGUCUAGAAUGCAUCAAUCUUCCACUUUCUGUCCUGGUUGUGUUCAUCCAGUCAAAAGCCAGAGGUUACCUGGAUAUGAUAAUGUGGCUAUUGUGGCAUUGUUUACAGAAGGGAUCAAGAACCAAGAUCAGAAACCAUAUUUUUCUGUAGAGCGUGAUGAGGAUUUAUUUCUCCCACGACCUCCUUUGGAUCUCUGCUGACCUCCUGUGGGGUCAUGGCCCUCAGUCUGAGAAGCCCUGGACACAUGAAUAGUGUUUUAUUUAAAGGGUUAAUUUGUGUAAAAAAAAAAAAAGAAACGGGGAGACGGGAUAUGAAUGAUGAGCAUGAAUGAUCAGUAAUAGGCCACUUUCUUUCUUGCUAGUGGAAAAUGGACUAAUUUUGUUACGGUGAACUAAAAGCAGGCCUCAGUUACACGUGAAAAAUAUCUCAUCUUUGUCCUACAUGACCAAAACUCCAACCCUGGACAUGAUUAUCAGAAAGAAUCAGACACCAAUUAGUUUUCUGUUUGUCAAAUGACUCAUUAAGCUCGUUCACAUGAAAGAAGUGGAUUUGAUCAGUUUAUACAGAGUAUACACAUACUUUGUAAAUAUCUUCCUUUAGGUAGUUAAGGUCAUCGUUUAGUUAAACGACAGGCAUGUGUAAAUUAGAUUAAAGGAUAUUAUGUAUUUUGUUGUAAAUUGGUAUUAUUUAAACAAGUAAAUUAAAUCAUGAGGUCAUUUUGCAGCUCACUGCAAAUACUCAUAGUUUAAGUGUAUGUAUUAAUUUCCAUGGCAUCCACACAGACUUUUGUUCCAGAUUAUUUUUCCAUUAAAAAUUCGUUUUUUUUCUGUCACUGACCCAAAACCGAGGGACUAAUCCAUCAAACCGGUUUCCAUGCACGCCGCAGCAGAGCCAGCAGAACUGCUGCAGCGCUCCAACUGUCUCACAAGCAGAAAAUCCUUCCAGCUGCAAUGUCACAACAACAGAGUACAAGACACUUAUCAUAUACUCUGGUGUUUGUUACUCUGAGUCAUUUUCUCUGGUUUUGAUCAUGUGCAUAUUCAGGUGUUCGAGUGUUGCUCUGCCUCCAGCAGAGAGCGAACUCUGACACUGAAGGCUCAUCAGAUGAACAUACCAUACUGCUGCUGCAGAACUACAAACAGUCCUCCUCAACCUUACUUCAAUGGCUCAGUGUGUAUAAAAAUGCCUCCCCUCUGUUUUUUUACCAGCUGAAGGAAGCAACAGCUUGGCUUUCAGGUGCUGCCACAGACCUAUAUUCUGUACAGUAGGGGCAACUUUAAACUGAAUGAUAGUUCAGAACUGACCUGCAGAUGACAACUUUGAUCCUUAAUCGGUGUUUGAUGACUCUACAAAAUCUCCUCCUGUCCAAGCCACAUUAUUUCCAUAUGCAUGAGUGGGAUUCUCUCCUUUUUUAGUUUGUAAGAGAAACCCUGUUUUAUAACCCCUACCCUCCUUCUUGCUGCUCCUAGUUGUGUUUUUGGUCUUCGUUGGGUUUUGACUGCAUGUUCUUAACUUAUUCUGUCAUUUUCAAAUAAAACCAACAAAUACAAAAAA